AUGGCUUGUCUCUCACUGUUUGUUUUUCUUGCUAUUCUUGUUGUCUCAGUAUUCCCUCCAUGUUAUGUCCAUGGUAUAAUUAGCUGCAUUGAAACUGAAAGGAUAACCCUUCUCAGCAUCAAAGCAGGCAUUAAUCAGAGCGACGACCAAAGCUUGUUCUCUUCUUGGACCGGACAUGACUGUUGCAAAUGGCAAGGCGUGAGCUGCAACCAUGAAUCCCGCCAUGUCAUCAAGCUUGAUCUCCGACAGCACCCUUCUAAUUAUAUCUCUGAUUAUUAUGACUUGCCACCAAGUAAGUUGAACUCUUCUCUCAUUCAGCUUCAUCAUUUAAAGCACUUGGAUUUGAGCAUGAACAACUUCGAUGACUCCCACAUCCCAGACUUCAUUGGCUCUUUUGCCAACCUUGAAUACCUUAAUCUCUCCCAUGCGGGAUUCAGUGGUGCCAUUCCUCAUACCUUUGGAAACCUAUCCUGCUUGCGCUAUCUUGAUCUUAGCUCAAAUUAUAAUUUACAACCCAAUGACCUCCAUUGGCUCUCUGGAAUGACUUCUUUGCAUCAUCUUGACUUGAGUGGAGGGAACCUUUCCAAAGUGCAUGGUUGGCUUCUUGACAUUAACAGUGUGCUCCCCUCUCUACGUGUGUUGAAACUUUCUAAUGCUAUACUUCAAGGUGGUGGCAUUUAUGCUACUACUAAUCUGCCUCAUUAUCUCAACUUCACAUCUCUUCGUGUGCUUGAUCUUUCUUACAAUUCUGACCUGAACAUCACUCUGCCUCAAUGGUUGUUCAAUCUCACUAACCUUAUUCAUCUUGAUCUCUUUGGUUGUGCUCUGUAUGGCAAGUUACCAGUCACAGUAGGUCACUUGAGUUACUUGAGAGUCUUCAGCUUGUCUGAUAACUCUUUUGGUGGAGUGAUUCCAGAGUCCUUUGGAAAUCUUGGUAGCUUGGAGAAACUCGAUUUGUCAUGGAAUAAAUUCAUUGGAGGCAUUCCAGAUUCUCUGAGCAAUCUUACAAAUUUAGUGUACUUUGAUUUGUCUAAUAAUAUGAUUGGAAAGUUGUCAGAGAGCAUCGGGAGGCUGCAGAAGUUGGUGGAGUUUCAUUUGUCCAAUAACCAAAUUCAGGGAUUGAUGCCUGCAAGCAUUGGGGCCCUGAGAAACCUGCAAUAUUUGGAUUUAUCACAGAAUAUGAUCAGUGGAGCCAUUCCUGAAUCCUUUGGCAAUCUCACACUUUUGCAGCAUUUUGAUGGGGCUGUUAACAAUCUCAGAGGCAAAUUGCCUGAAACUAUGGGGAAUUUUAUUCACCUUCAGUUUCUAUAUUUGUCUCAAAAUAUGAUUGCAGGGGAACUACCAGGGAGCAUGGGAAAACUCACAAGCUUGACGGUGCUUGAUCUAUCAAUGAACAACAUUAGUGGAAUAUUGCCAAAAUCCAUAAAGAACUUAUGCAAGUUACGGGAGUUACGUUUAAGUAGCAAUUUAAUAAAAGGAGCAAUUGAUGAUCUUGUGAACGGCUUGUCUAAUUGCCCUGAGAACUACAUAAGAAAUAGUUCUGUUUCAGAGGACAAGGAUGGUAUGAGAUACUUAAAUUUGGCGAACAACAGAUUUAAUGGAAGGGUCCCAGAGAGCAUAGGUAGGUUAGCUAAUCUGAGAAUCUUACAGCUCAAGGAAAAUUCAUUUGUUGGCACUUUAACUGAACACCAUUUUCUAAAUCUAACAGACUUGUAUUACAUGGAUUUCUCCUAUAAUUUGCUGCAGCUUAAUGUGCCCAACGAUUGGGUGCCUCCUUUCCAUGCUCUUACUAUCAUGAUGUGCUCUUGCAGAAUAAGCUCUGUGUUUCCUGCUUGGCUUAAAACUCAAACAGGGCUGGAGUAUCUUUGUCUAUCAGAGGCCGAAAUUUCUGGCAAUGUCCCAACAUGGUUUUGGAAUUUAUCAUCCAAUGGUUUGGUCUUGCUCAAUAUAUCGCAUAAUAAUUUAAGUGGAAUUCUACCUACUUUGCAACAUUCCUCCUUGGAGAUUAUUGAUAUGAGCCAUAACAAAUUUGAAGCCAUUGUGUCUGCCACCAAUCUUCGAUCGUUGCAUUUGCAAAAGAAUAGUCUAUCUGGAAAUCUCCCUUUGCCGCUGAAAAAUGCAAAAAAAUUGGUGGUUCUAGACAUUGGUGAAAACAGGCUUUCUGGUACAAUACCUUCAUGGAUUGGAAGUCUUGUAUCAUUAGUAUUCCUUCGCUUGAGAUCAAACUUGUUUGAAGGUUCAAUACCAGAGCAAUUAUUAAACCUCUCAUCUCUCCAGGUUCUGGAUCUUGCACAAAACAACCUCUCAGGUGUCAUUUUCCUUCAUACUUUUGGAGGUUUUAAAGCAAUGGCCAAAAGUCCCAGUGGAAGAUCUCAGCUCUUGAUUUUUAAAUAUGAUCUAUCAAGCUUUUCGAGACAUGGUUCAACAUACAAGCACUUGGAGUCUCUGGUGAUAAGCGCAAAGGGGCAGCAAAGGGAAUACACAAAGGUGCUUUUAUUAGUCACAAACAUUGACUUGUCAUGCAACAGGCUUUCUGGUAAAUUCCCUGAUGAAUUGACAUCACUUCAUGGAUUGAUUUUCUUGAAUCUUUCCAAUAAUCUUUUCAAUGGAAAGUUGCCAGAAAACAUUGGUGACAUGAAUCAGCUACAGUCACUGGAUCUAUCAAGCAAUAACUUUUCUGGUAUCAUCCCUCCGAGCAUAUCUGCUCUGUAUUUUCUCAGUCAACUGAACUUGUCACACAACAAGUUGUCUGGGGAAAUUCCAUCAGGCAAUCAACUUCGGACUUUAGAUGCAUCGGGUUUCUUUUAUAACGAUGGUCUUUGUGGAUAUCCUCUAAGUAAUUGCAUUAAUGUGACACCUUCUCAAGGCUCUUUCCAUGGAGGAAAUCAAGAUGAACGUGGAGAUUGGUUUGAUGACUUAUGGCUUUAUAUAGGCCUUGCAUCAGGAUUCAUUGUUGGCUUCUGGAUGUUCAUCCUGUUCAUCAUGAUCAAAAAAUCAAGAAGAAUUUCUUAUUUCCGAUCUGUAGACAAGGUUUAUGAUUGGAUUUAUGUGAGGUUGGUGGUAUAUUCCAGGAGACUGAAAUCAAUACUUACAAGGAAGAACUAAGGCCAGGACAAUUGCGCAUGUUAAAGAGUUCUCCUCUGCUCAACAUCCCCAACAAGGUAAAUGCCUAAUCCUUAAUAACUUCUCCUCAGCUGAUUGCCCUUUCCUCUUUUCUGCAGAUUUGGGAGAGAAAAUUGUACUAAUGGUGCAGCUGGAUUCAUUGUAUCAAAUUACAACUCUUCAAUUUUGCUGGCAGGUUGCUGUUCAAUUGACAAUGCAACACUUGCUGAUAUUGAAGCCAAAGCCUUGCUCUUAGCCUUGCAUGCUGUCCAUUCUUAUCAUUCAAGACUACAUCACAUCUUUAUAACAAACAGAGAUCUCCAUGAUGCAAUCAAAUUGGGUGCCUCAAGAUCUACUUGGCAGACUGAUUUGUGGAUCAAAAGCAUUAUUGACAUCCUUUCAGUACUUGGAAAUCCAGAGAUUUAUGCCAUCCCUCACAGUUGGAAUGCAGCAACGCAUAGAUUGGCCAUUCAUGGCCUUAGCCAACACAGCCUUUCCCUAUUUCAUCAAGGUCGGGAACUUCCCCAUUGGCUGAUGAAGAUAUUCUUAAGCAAUGGAUUUACUUUGUAAUUUUCUUCUUCCUUUCUGUUCUUUUUUAGUUUGUUUUGUUUAA